AUGAACUGUCAGCCGACAAUGCCUACAGAAACUUGGCCUACAUUCUCGCCGCAAACAACUGCCGAAGAAGUUGCAGACACAUUUGCGUCGAUUCUGGAGGGCAAAAAUGCGCUGAUUACUGGGACUUCUCUCAACGGGAUGGGAUACGAAGCCGCACGCGUCAUAGCAAAACACGCCAGGCUUGUCAUCAUCACAGGAUAUAACGAAGACAGGCUUCAACUCUUUAGGUUGAAACGUUCAGCGGAAGAGAUCAAGAAAUCUGUCCCGACGGCUAAUAUCCGCUGCCUUACGCUUGACUUGUCCUCGCAGAGUAGUGUGCGUGAAGCUGCCGCUCAAGUGAAUUCAUAUUCGGAGCCCUUGCAUGUCCUCAUUCACAAUGCUGCUGCCCUGAAUUUGGAUGCCGACACCGUGUUUAAACGCACGGUCGAUCUCGACGUUGAUGUUCAAUGGGCGACAAAUCAUUUCGGACCAUUCCUGCUCACCAAGCUCCUACUUCCCCAGCUUCUCGCGGCCACAUCGUCAAGUUGGACGUCUCGGGUCGUUCACGUGUCCGCAAAAGGACACCAGUUCGGAACCGGUGUAGAUUUGGAGAACCUGGGUCGUCCUGAUCCCACAGCUGAAGGAAACAGCGCGAUGGGCAUCAAUUUCUCCACCAAAAGUGCAAAUAUCAUGACGGCGAGCGAGCUGUCACGGAGGGCCGGAGGCAGAAUACACGCGUAUAGUCUGCAUCCUGGAAUCGUGUACUCGAAUGCCUUCACACGGCCGAAGGAGAAAAAGUCGCUUCCUCCAGAGCUAACCGCCAUUGGACUCAUCGACGAGAAUGGGGAUCCCGUGCCAGGCAAGUUCGCGUGGAAAUCUAUUGAAGAAGGCUCUGCGACAAUGGUCGCAGCCGCUUUUGACCCACGUUUGGACUCGACACCUGGUGCAUACCUCGAAGAUUGUCAGGUUGCCAUGACCGAAGUCGCACCACAUACUGCCGACCCAGUCAAAGCAGCCAAGUUGUGGGAUUUGACAGAGGAGAUAAUCGGAGAGAAGUUCGAGUUUUGA